AAACGCUGUGCUGAGCUGCUCAUUUAGAAAGGGGCAGAUGUCCAUGCAAAGGCCUGUGGGACGUUCUUCCAACCACUUAGUGAAACAUGCUUCUACUUUGGGGAGCUUCCACUUUCUCUGGCAGCAUGUACUAAUCAGAAAGACAUAGUAGAUCUGCUGAUGGAAAAAGCAGAUGUGAGGUAUAAAGACACUCUGGGCAACACAGUUCUCCAUGCUCUUGUGAUGGUGGCUGAUAACAGCCCUGUAAAUACAGACUUCAUCACUUCCAUGUACGACUACAUUCUUACCAAAGACGCUGCUAAGAAUCCCGAACAGGAGAGGCUGGAGGACAUUGAGAACGAUCAGGGACUUACAUCCAUCAAGCUGGCUGCGAAGUUAGGAAGGAUUGGGGACAGACAGCUCUUCAUAUCGCCAUUGAGAGGAGAAACAAAGACUGUGCUGAGCUGCUCAUACAGAACGGGGCAAAUGUCCAUGCAAAGGCCUGUGGGACGUUCUUCCAGCCACUUAGUGAAACAUGCUUCUACUUUGGUAAGUGACGAGGAGGUGAAAAAAAAAUUCUGUAUAAGAUCAUAGAUUAUACCUACGUAGCUUAAUCCAUAAUAAAUUCCAAACAGGGGAGCUUCCACUUUCUCUGGCAGCAUGUACUAAUCAGAAAGACAUAGUAGAUCUG